AUGAAGUCAGCCAAAGCAGCGUCAGGGGACGCUUCGUCGAGCAGGAGGUCGCAGCCGGUUCGCCAGACACGUACCAACCCCCCGCGCGUCUCGUCUGGCCUCCGCGGACCGGCCAACGGGCGCGACUCUCUUGCUGGCGGCACUGCUUCCGACCAGCCCAUCGACAUCUACCCUGCGAUUACCUACUUCUCUGAUGCCAUUGCCGCUCUCCCGAAAGAGCUUGUCCGACACUUCACCUUGCUGAAAGAGGUCGAUGCCAAAAUCUUCGCCCCCGAAGAUGCGCUCUUCAAGCUCGUCGACACUGCCAUGAACGCUCCCCCUCCCCAGCCCCGACCGGCGAACGAUGCAUCCAGCAGUGUCGCGCCCGCGUCGGCGCCGAUGAGUGCGCAGAACAGCUCCAGCGGAGCUCCUCCUGGCGGCCCGGUACCUCCUGCUCCCUCGACCGACGAGUCCUACACGACGUCGAUUUACGACCCCAGCACCUACCCACGGAGACAGCUGUUUCGACAGACAGCGUACAAGAUCCAGGAGAUGCUUGGAUCGUUAGAGGAGAAGAACCACGUCAUCUCUACUGCGAAUGAUGCUCUCCAAAAACAGCUCGCUCGGAUCGACGACGUCUGGCCGCACGUCGAGACCGAGUUCAGCGACGAGGCGAAGUGGGGGAGCACCACACACUGGGCCUACCCCGAGAACAGAGCCGCCACCAAGGCGGCACACACUGAGCGCUCACGGCGUGAGGGCGCUGCUGCCAUCUCUGCUGCUGCCCAGCAAUUGGCAGAGGAGGCCGCCGCCCGAAGCGAGUCGCGCAAGCAGGCUGUUCAGGCAAAGAAGAGUCAGAAGACUGCGCCUCAAGAAUCGGACUUUGAUGAGGCCGAAGGCCGCGGCAAGGCAGAACCGAGCAAGAAGGGUCACGGAAGCAGUAAGGCGCGCAAGGCGGCCGAACCCGCCGCCAACGUGGGCUUGGGCAUCUCGACAAAUGGCACCACGAAUGGAGCGGCGCCGCAACCCAAGAGACGCAAGGUCGAGAAGACGCCCAGCGGAAACAAUGCAACGGAGCGGGCUAUGAGUGCCGUCUUCGGAGCCACCGCGUCAAAGGCAAAAACCACAAGCCCCAGAGAGACCCCGGCACCAGAAGGCGGCCCGAAGAAGCGAAAGGCCCUGCCGACUGGUACCGGCCAGGCCAAGAAAAGCAAAAACGGAGCCACCGGCAUGUCUCCCUCGGUUGCUUCAUCUCCCGUCAUGAGUACCUUUCCCGACCCUGUAUUACCUCGAGGCUCUCCAGCGCCGACUGUCACCCCGGUGCCCCCUGCUCCCAAGCCUCCCACUUCUUCACGGGCCAAGCAAAGUACAACUCAAGCGGCGGUGGAGGGCGGAAAGCAGUCUCGACCGCCGUCGUCUGCGUCGGCCAAGCCGAACGGUAUCGUACCACUGCCGAUACCCGAGGUCGCCCCGUCGGCGACGUUGCCAAAGCCUACUGUCGAGACUAAGCCUGUUGUCGAGGAGUCUUCGGUGCCGCCUGCACUGGAGCUCCCGAAACAAGAGCCUGAGCCGAUUGAGAUGAUCGCCAAGCCAAGCAUACCCGCGGCGAAGCAGAAGAAGGAAACACCGAAGCCCGAGGAAAUCGAGACACCUGUAGAACCUCCACCGGUUCACCAGACAAUCACCGCCGCCACGGUGACGAAAAGCGGACGCGCUAGUAAGCCGUCUACACCUGCGAUGGCGACAUUCCAGGAGGCAGCAAGACCCAAGUCGGCCCGCAAUACAGAUAGCAACAACACGAGCAAGCGGAAGAAGAGCAAUGCAGUCACAGCUGGCAAGGCCGCCAAGACGGCGGACCAAACCGAGGACAGUGAGGAUAUCGAAGAGGCGGAGAUACAUGCCAGCAAACGCUACGACUACACGGAGGACGAGCCAACGUAUUGCUACUGCACUAGCGUAAGCUACGGCGAGAUGGUAGCUUGUGAUGCGAACAACUGCGAGCGAGAAUGGUUCCACCUCAACUGCGUGGGUCUCAAGGUAGCCCCAAAGGGCAGCUCGAAAUGGUACUGCGAAGAGUGUCUGCAGCGUCUCUCGAAGCAAGGAAAGAAGCUGAGCAAGUACAACGUGCUGCCGGACUCUUUGAAUAUGCGCAAGCAACGAGCCCCUCCGUACUGA